AUGGCGCCUCCUCCGGAAGAAGUGGCCGUCGAAAGCAUUUCAUCGUAUGGUGUAGCUCGAUCAACUGUAGCAGGAGAACCUCUCAAUGCUGAGGAUCUCCGCAAAAUCGAUGCCUACUUCAGAGCAAGCAUGUACCUCUGCUUGGGCAUGCUCUACCUUCGGGAAAACCCCCUUCUAAAACAACCGCUCACUAAAGAGCAUCUGAAAGCACGAUUACUAGGUCACUGGGGAUCUGAUGCUGGCCAAGCUUUCACAUGGAUGCAUUUCAAUCGCCUAAUCAAGAAAUAUGAGCUGGAUGCUCUCUUCAUAUCCGGUCCGGGCCAUGGAGCUCCAGCGAUACUUUCCCAAUCCUACAUGGAGGGAGUCUAUUCAGAAGUCUAUCCAGACAAGUCAGAAGACGAAGAUGGAAUGAAGCGUUUCUUCAAACAGUUUUCUUUUCCGGGUGGAAUAGGAAGUCACGCAACACCGGAGACACCAGGCAGUAUCCACGAGGGAGGCGAGCUUGGGUACUCCAUUUCUCACGCGUUCGGAUCAGUUUUCGACCACCCGAACUUGAUCAGUCUUACUAUGGUUGGAGAUGGUGAGGCGGAGACUGGCCCGCUAGCUACCAGCUGGCACAGUACGAAAUUUCUCAAUCCGAUUACUGAUGGUGCUGUUCUACCGGUAUUGCAUCUUAAUGGUUACAAAAUCAACAACCCUACAAUUCUAGCACGGAUUAGCCACACUGAGCUCGAGGCUCUUUUUAUCGGCUACGGAUGGACACCAUAUUUCGUUGAAGGAAGUGAUAUGCCAAGUAUGCACCAAGCUAUGGCUGCCACGCUUGAGAAGUGUGUCCUAGAAAUUCGUGCCAUUCAGAAGCAAGCUCGUGACUCGAAGAAGGCAUUCCGUCCACGUUGGCCAAUGAUUAUUCUUCGUAGUCCCAAGGGCUGGAGCGCUCCAAGAAAGGUCGAUGGGCAACAUCUUGAAGGCUUUUGGCGCGCACAUCAAAUCCCGCUGCCUGGUGUGGCAUCAAACCCGGAACAUCUACAAAUUCUUGAGAAAUGGAUGCGCAGCUACAGGCCGGAGGAGCUUUUUGAUAAACAGGGAAAGCUCAUACCCGAACUCAAGGAGCUUGCCCCAGUUGGCAAUGCACGUAUGAGUGCCAAUCCUGUCGGAAACGGUGGGCUACUCCGCAAGCCUUUGAAUAUGCCAGAUUUCCGAAAAUACGCUCUUGCCGAUAUCGUACCUGGUGUAUCCAACCUCCCUAGCAUGAGCAAUAUGGCUGGCUUUCUUCGAGAUAUCGUUGCCAAAAAUAUGACAAAUUUCCGUGUCUUUGGUCCCGAUGAGACAGAAUCUAACAAACUUGGCAAAGUAUACGAGGCAGGAAAGAAGGUUUGGAUGGGCGAGUAUUUCGAGGAAGAUACCGAUGGCGGAAAUUUGGCAAUGGAAGGUCGGGUUAUGGAAAUGCUCAGCGAACAUACUUGUGAAGGUUGGAUGGAGGGCUAUAUCCUCUCUGGACGACAUGGCAUUCUCAACAGCUACGAGCCGUUCAUUCACGUCAUCGACUCUAUGGUCAAUCAGCACUGUAAAUGGAUCGAGAAAUGUUUGGAGGUUCCUUGGAGAGUGCAAACCGCAUCUCUCAACAUUCUGCUUACUGCUACGGUAUGGAGACAAGACCACAAUGGUUUCACCCAUCAAGAUCCCGGCUUUCUCGACGUUGUUGCCAAUAAGAGCCCCGAAGUCGUACGAAUUUAUCUACCGCCAGAUGGUAACUGCCUCUUGUCCGUUACAGCACACUGUCUCUCUUCAGUCAACUAUGUCAACGUCAUCGUAGCCGACAAGCAAGAUCACUUGCAAUUCCUCGGGAUGGAUGAAGCCAUCGAGCACUGCACCAAAGGCCUCGGAAUCUGGAACUGGGCAUCAAACGACCAAGGCGAAGAUCCCGACGUCGUAAUGGCGACCUGCGGUGACGUCCCAACCCACGAAUCCCUCGCCGCCACCGCGCUCCUCCGCGAAUUAGUCCCAAGCCUCAAAGUCCGCUUCGUCAACGUCGUCGACCUCUUCAAGCUCAUCGACCACGAAGACCAUCCCCACGGCAUCACGGACCGCGAGUGGACCGCCAUAUUCACCGACAACCGGCCCGUCAUCUUCAACUUCCACUCCUACCCAUGGCUCAUCCACCGUCUCACCUACAAGCGGCCCGGCCAGAAGAACAUCCACGUGCGCGGCUACAAGGAGAAGGGAAAUAUCGACACGCCGCUUGAGCUGGCUAUUCGCAAUCAAACGGAUCGGUUCAGUCUGGCGAUGGAUGCGAUUGAUCGUUGUCCGUCGCUGGGGAAUAAUGCGAGUUGGGCGAGGGAGCAGUUGUUGAAUAUGCAGAUUAAAGCGAAGAUUGAGGCUUUUGAGAAUGGCAUUGAUCCGGAGAAUAUUCGUAAAUGGGUCUGGCCGUAUUCGAAGACUGCUUAA